AUGGCCAGCGUAGCAACAGAGACAGUCAGACCGUUCAAGCCGGAAGAUCAUUCGGCUGCCUACAUUUUUGACCCUGAUGAUGAGAGCGACAAUGAGCGAGGCAGUCACAACCAGCAGCAGCCGCCGCAGCAGCAGCCGCAGCAGAGGCCAACCAAACGUCGUCGGGUAUCUGCCAAGCAAUCCGGGCAGACGGAUGAUGGGCAGCAGCAGGGCGAACCCAUCUUUGUGCCGCUGCUGAAUGGCGCCGAGAAGCCAGAGUAUGUGAAGCUGCGUGAGAAGCUAUACCGGGAAAGCUGGGCCGCCAUCGAGGAGCGCAUACAGAUCCCGUGCGCCUUCAUCACGACGGGCACGAAUAUCGACUCGCAGAAUCUCCUGUUCGACCAGCUGGCAGAGUACCUGCAAAAGUCGCCGCACACCCGGCUCGUCAGGUUGCGGUCCUCGGAGGCCACGUCGCUCAAGGCCACGUUGAAAAAGGUGAUUCGCGACGCGACGAACACGUCGUCGUCCCCGGAGCAGCAGACUGACGAGGAUGACGAUGACCUGCAAAUGUCCGGUGGGGACGGGAAUGGACAGCACGGCCGUCGUCGGUUCCUAGACUACGACCUCGAAGCGCUGCAUUUCUCUGCAAAGACGCAGGGGGCGGAGCAUGUGUUUGUGGCCUUUGAGGACAGCGAGGGGUUUGACAGUGCACUGCUGUCGGAUCUCGUCUCUCUGUUUAACUCCUGGCGUCCUCGCAUACCAUUUACGCUGCUCUUUGGUGUGGCUACGUCGGUCGAACUCCUCCAGGCACGACUGCUCAAGUCUGCCUGUCAGAAGAUUUACGGGGCACAGUUUGACGCUGUGCAGUCGGACUCGAUCCUGGAAGCCGUCUUCAGGAUUGCCGUUGCUGCCCAAGAUGUGCCGGUACGCAUAGGCGGGGCUCUGCUGCACAGCAUGCUCCAACGUCAGCAUGAGCAAGUAGCCGGUAUACAGGCCUUUAUCUCAUCUCUCAAGUAUGCAUACAUGUGCCAUUUCUACGCAAAUGCGCUGAGCACGGUUCCGUACAAUGUCGAUCACGGUCUGGCGCAGUUCCAGCCCGAGCAUGUGGAGGCCAUCCGCAACACCGCAUCCUAUCAGGGUCGGAUCGAGCAGAUGAUGGAGGACGCCGAGGAGGCAGGUGUGGAGGAUGUUGUGGGUCACCUAGAGAGGAUCGAGUCGAGCAUUCUGGAAUACGGCGAGGAAGACGGCAGCCGGGAGGAUGGCGAGGGAGGUUCACGGCCAGGCGCGGCGGGGAGGCGUCGGUGGGUGAGCUCGGCUCUGCGGACGCUGCUGGUGCUGCAGGCGGCCGGGGCGCUCAGGGGGGAGGACUUUCCGUCGUCGUACGCCGACGCCAUGACGGGUGGGAUCGUGGUCUCGGAGUCAUCAGCGCUAGCGGAACGAGUGCGACGGAUGGAUGACGAGGUGCUGGGGCGAUUCCUGGACCGGGCGGCCCACAUCUACGGAUCCGGCGAUGCAAGUCUGGGACUAGGGCCGUCGGUGGAGCCCGAGCACGAGGAGCUGCGAACGGCGCUGCAUGAGCUGGCAAGGGACCUGAGUAGUCUGCAGGCAGACGUGACGGCCAAGGCGAAAGCAGCAGGAGCAGCGGCAGCGUCGACGGGGGCAGACGGGGAGGGCACAGAAGGUGCAGCGGCGAAGACGGCGACCUCUACUGGUGCUGGUGCUGGUGCCGGUGCCGGUGCCGGUGCUGGUGCUGGUGCUGGUGCUGCUGCUACGCCGCUUCGAAGCAAGUACGUGGUGCAGCAAAACAAGAUUAUGCGAACGACGGUGAUCGCGCAGCGCGUACAGCUGAGCAAGGACUCGGCGGCUCUGAGUGAGGCGGACAAGGCCUUUACGGCGAUGGUGGACAGGACGACGCGGCUGCUGGCGGAGCGCCUGGGCGUCGGGGCGCCGCAGGACGUGUUCCUGUCCGAGUCGUGGAUGUACGAUUGCAGGUGGCCGUCCAGAGAGGUGCUGGUGCCCCGGCCGCUGGUGGUGUUUGAGAGGGCACUCAUCCGACCGCAGGAUUACCUAGGGUGCGCAUGCUGCAGCGGGGAGGAGGGUGGUGGUAGCGGUGGUGUUGAGCUGAAGGCGACGAUGCCGGCCACGUCGAUACUGUACCACCUCUACCUCGAGACCGGCAACCUGAUAAACGUGGCGGAUCUCUGGGAUGCCUUUUACGGGGUAGUUAGGCAGCAAGGAGAGCAGGAUCGGGGGGGGGGGGAGAAGGAGGGUGGUAAUGGUGGUAAUGGUGGCGGUGGUGGUGGUGGUGGUGGUGACAACGACGACGGCAACGACGACGACGACGACGACGACGACGACGAACGCAGAGUGCUGGUGCUCUUCUACCGAGCACUAGCUGAGCUCCGGUCUCUCGGGUUCGUCAAGGCCAGUAAGAAGAAGGUGGACCACGUUGCCAAACUAAAGUGGCUCUGA